AUGAGACCCAGCUUUUUCGUUUCUUUACUUUUUCUCUUUUUAUUGAUAUCAUCAAGUUUAUUGCUAAUUUAUCUGAUCAAACUGAAACCAACUCACAUUUUGGACUCUCUCGUUUACCCCGAAGAUGCGCCAAGUUCUGAACUGUUGGAGUUGAAUGACAGAAUCUGGAAUCAAUUGAAUUAUAAAUCGAAGCCAAAGCAAAGCCCUGUGAUAAUUUUCAAAUCAUCAAAUAUCGAUCGAGAGAUUCCGUUGGGUUAUCGUUACUUUCAUGAGUCUGGUUGUCGAGUGAGCAAUUGUUUCAUCACCGUUAAUGAAUCAAAAUUUUCCACAGCCGACGUUUUGUACCUCUCGCCUGAAGAUUUCGACAUGAGACCUUCCCCAAAAUCUUCACAAAUCACCGUACUCCGAUUAUUAGAAAGCCCAGAAAACACUCAAAAAUUGAAGUUUUUGAAUGGAAAAAUAAACUUCACGGCAAGCUAUCGAUGGGAUGCCGAUUUUGUGAUUCCUUAUGGAAAAGUGAUCAAAGGGCCAUCAAAGAAACAAAUUUACAUACCAAAAAAGAAAAAAUUGGGUGCUUGGUUUGUGUCGAACUGUGUGACGAUCAACGAUCGGAUGGGAAUCGUGAAAGAGCUGCGGAAAUAUGUUGAGAUUGACAUCUACGGCUCUUGCACCAACCGAGCGAUCACCCAGCGACAAGCCGAGAGUUUUCUCCGAAACGAUUACCAAUUCUAUUUUGCUUUCGAAAAUUCAAAUUGCCGGGAUUACGUGACGGAGAAAUUCUUUCAAGCGUUACGCUUUGGCGCCAUUCCGAUCGUUUUUGGGGCUUCAUUAGAAUUCUAUCAAAAGAUCGCUCCAAAAGAUUCCUUUGUUCACAUCUCUCAAUUCCCCUCGAUCAAGGAGUUGGCAAGAUUCCUGAAACUCGUCGCUUCCACACAAGAGCUCCUGGAAAAGUUCCACGCGUGGCGCACCGAGUACAGCUUUGUGGACACGAGAUUUUACUGUCGCUUGUGUGCUCUCAUGCAGAACCCGCACGAGAAAGUGUAUGAAGAUUUGAGUGAAUGGUUCUCUGCUGAACACGAUUGUGUGCGGUCGAAUUUUUCAACGUUUUGGAGC